AUGGCCCUGGGCUUCACAGUUCUGCUGCUGGUGGGGACAGGUAAGGCUUGCAGGGCCCAACCUGUGCUGACCCAGCCCUCCUCCGUGUCGGUGCUCCCCGGGCAAACCGCUCGGCUCCCCUGCACCUUGAGCCCCCAGUACAAUAUCAGCGAUUUCGGCAUCUCCUGGUACCAGCAGCGCCCUGGCCACUUGCUGCGGUACCUGCUCUAUUACAACUCUGAGCGAGACAAGCAUAGGCCUGCCAAGACUCCCGACCGCUUCUCUGCUACCAAAGACCUUGCCAGCAAUGCCUGCAUCCUCCUCAUCGCAUCUGCCCGCAGUGAGGACAACGGCAGCUAUUACUGCGCCCUGUCGCGUGCCUUCAGCUGGUUUUAG